CAUAAAGCCGGUUUCGGAACCGGCGGACUACAAAAUGGCCGUCCCCGGCGCGGCCCAAAUUUCAUCAUUUCACUCGAUUUUCGAGUGCUCCGUCGACCCUUCAUAAGAACGGCAGGCGUUGCCACCUCGGAAGAACUCCCCUCCCCUCUAAACUAUCUUAAUCCCCGUAUCUGCUUGCCCUCGUCUUCUCCUCUCCUCCUUUCCCCACUCUCCUCUUCUCCUCCUCCUAUUUAUCUUCUCCAUUUAUCUUCUUUCCUUCGCAACCGAAGGUUCUGCAUUCAAGAACUCCGAUAAAUUCCUCCUCUCGAAACCCGAGACCCAUUCCUCGCCUCUCCUUCCGUCUCCGGUCACAUGGGGAAGCCGGUCCGGAGCCGGCCGCGGCGUAGCCAGCGCACUCGCUUCACGAGAUCCGAGAUCAGGCAGAUGGAGAAUUUACUUGUGGAGAAAAAAGAUGAAUUAGAUCAAAUUUUUUUUCAGAAUGUUACCAAAGAAUUGAAUGUUGCUUCAGGUCGAGCUGGAAGUAGAGCUAUACAGAUGGAGCAGUAUCAGGUGCAAAAGUGGUUCCAGAGUAAGAAGAGAAAUCAGGCAACUGAAGUUACCUCCUCACCUAAUCCUCUGGAAGAAUUCAUUAAUAUCUCAGACACAAGCCAUUCGAACAGUGCACCGGAGAGUUCUUCGGACCUGCCCAAAGAUACAGGAGAGAAGGUUCCUGAUGAAACGAAUUUGGAGUUUGAGGCCAGAUCAUCAAGAGAUGGGGCAUGGUAUGAUGUUGCUACUUUCCUCACGCACAGAGUUCUUAGUUCUGGCGAACUUGUCUUUCUGCAUGUGAAUUUCUCUUGCAGCAUUUGCUACAUUCUGAUUCUUGUGCUGUCACAUAUAUAUGCUGUCACAAUUGUGCUGUCACGGGGAUAUUUUUCAGUUUCAUAUAUGAAUGGCUCUAAACAUGAGCAUGGAAUAGAAGGGGAAAAACCUACCAUCUUUGGAGCAAGAUAUUUGCUCUGAUAGAUGCUGACUAUGCCUGAUUCUGCCAAAGCAAUCAUUUAUAUCUUGCACAAAAUAUUUCAAGUACUUCCUUUCCUGUUAGUAUUAAGGCAUGCUCUACAAAAAUCCGGGCUUGGUUUAUUGUUGGCCUACUUGGUUAUUGACAGUGUGCAACAAAAGCACUAUUUUUACCCUGCUUUUAUAUUGUUGCAACCAUGUGCUUCCUGCAUAUAGUAAACAAUGUGUUUAAAAAUGAAGUAUAUGGCUUGACGCAUGUAUAAUUACUACUGAAGAAAUGCUAGAACAUUGUUAACAGAUGUCACAUGUAGCCCAAUUGUGACAGCCUUCUGCUAAUCCAAAAUGUCUGUUUAUCCGAUGUAUCUUAUUUCUUGCAGUCAUAUUCCCAAACAGCCAUUUCUUAUUUUAUGAUAAAUGUUUGGGGAACUUUUAGAGAAAUAUUGGUGUAUUGUUACAUAGAAGAAUUGUAAAAUAUUGUUCUCGUUCAUCCUUAAUGUUGCCUUCAGAUUGUCAAAUGUUCAUUGGUAUGUGUGAUCUAUCUUCAUG